AUGGUUCUCAAAGCCUGUGCACUUUCACUGUUUCUUUGCGCAACCGCAUUUGCUGCCCCAACCAAGCAGCCAGCUCUGGUAGCUCGAGCUGGUACUUCAUGCAGCACCACUUUAUCACCCUCCGUAUUCUCGGGUGAAAUGUGGAUUGACACCAUCGGGCACAACGGUACCGCCGUGUAUGGCCCAUCAGGCUAUACUGUCUAUCGUAAUGUCAUGGAUUACGGUUGUAAAGGUGAUGGUGUCACUGACGAUACCGCCUGUAUCAAUAGUGCCAUCUCUUCUGGCGGUCGCUGUGGCAGUGGCUGCAGUCAAUCCACUACCACACCAGCUUUGGUCUACUUCCCGGCCGGAAAGUACUUGAUCUCCUCACCCAUUGUCUUGUAUUACUAUACCCAAAUGGUUGGAAAUGCUCUGAACCCUCCAACUUUGCUCAUGGCUCCCGCCUUCAGUGGUAUUGGUUUGAUUGAUAGUGAUCCUUAUGGUGCUAACGGAAAUUGGUAUGGCGAUACCAAUAACUUCUAUCGCCAAGUGAGAAACUUCAUUAUCGAUUUGACUAAGACUCCCGCAACUUCCGCUUCUACUGGUAUUCAUUGGCAAGUUGCCCAGGCAACAUCUCUGACCAACAUCGUCUUCCAAAUGUCUACUGCUUCAAACACUGCUCACCAAGGUGUUUGGAUGGAAAAUGGUUCUGGAGGUUUCAUGUCUGACUUGGUCUUCAACGGAGGAAAGUUCGCCAUGUGGGUUGGAAAUCAACAGUUCACUUCUAGAAACUUGACCAUGAACAACUGUCAAACUGCUGUCUACAUGAACUGGAACUGGGCUUGGACCUUCAAGACUCUCAACAUUAACAACUGUGCUCUCGGUCUCGAUAUGACUGCUGGAGGUUCUUCUGCUCAAGCCGUUGGAAGUGUUACUUUGCUCGAUGCUACUAUCACCAACACUCCCAUUGGUGUGCUUACAGGAACCACUUCAUCUUCUCAAAACAAAACCUCUGGAUCAUUGAUCCUUGACAACGCUGUCACCUCAAAUGUUCCUAUUAUUGUUAAGGGAAGCACUGGUAACACUAUUUUGGCUGGAAGCACUGGUAGCAAGACAGUUGCUUCUUGGGGUCAAGGUAGUUUGUAUAGCUCAACAUCUGGUACUGGUGCAUUUAACCAAAACACUUUGACUGCUCCCACAAAGAGUUCCAGUCUCUUGGCUUCUAAUGGAAAAUUCUUCGAGCGUCCCCGUCCUCAAUAUGAGAACUAUCCUGUUUCAAGCUUUGUCUCUGUUAAGGCAUAUUCCGCAAAGGGUGAUGGUAGCACUGAUGAUACUGCCGCCAUUCAAAAUGUUCUUAAUAUGUUUGCUGGUUGCAAAAUUAUUUACUUCCCUGCUGGUUCCUAUAUCAUCUCUAGCACCGUCACUAUACCUGCUGGUUCUCGUAUUGUCGGUGAAGGCUGGUCUGUCUUGAUGGCGUCUGGUUCAGCCUUUUCAUCUGCUUCAAACCCACAGCCUAUGCUCAAAGUCGGUAACUCUGGAGAUACUGGCACUGCUGAACUUACAGACCUUAUGUUCUCUACCAAGGGACCUCAGCCUGGUGCUAUCCUUGUUCAAUGGAAUAUUCGCGAUCCUUCUGGUACCCAAGGUGCCAGUGGAAUGUGGGAUUGCCACUUCCGUAUUGGAGGUGCUGCUGGAACUAACAUGCAAAGCGCUCAAUGCCCUGCCGGUUCAACUUCCACAUCCGCUUGCACAGGCGCUUACAUGCAAAUGCAACUUACCGCAUCAUCUUCUGCAUACCUGGAAAAUGUUUGGGCAUGGACCGCUGAUCAUGACCUUGACGGUGCGAACCAAGUCAGCAUUUACACUGGUCGCGGUAUUUUGAUCGAAUCCACCAAUGGUCCCGUCUGGUUGUACGGAACUGCAUCAGAGCACAAUGUUCUUUACCAAUAUCAGAUCGCAUCCGCCAAGAAUGUCUUGAUGGCUAUGAUUCAAACUGAAACUCCAUACUACCAACCUGCACCACCUGCACCACAGCCUUUCUCCGUAAACUCUGCACUUUCUGAUCCAACAUUCUCUAACUGCGCUGCUGGUUCCAACACUUGUGCUAUGGCCUGGGGAUUGCGUAUUGUUAAUUCCGCUGAUGUCUACGUCUAUGGUGCUGGACUUUACAACUUCUUCUACAACUACGACCAGUCUUGUCUCGCUACCGGAACCUGCCAGGAUGCUAUGGUAGAUUUGGAGAAUAACAGCGGAAACGUCUAUUUCUACAAUCUUAACACCAAGGCAGCAGUCAACAUGGUCACAAGCAAUGGUGUUUCCCUUGCUAAGAACAACGAUAACUACAAUGGAUUCUGCUCCACUGUCAACGCUUUCUUGGCUCAGAUUUCCACUGGAAACAGCUCAGGUGGCAGCAGCGGAACAACCACUUCAGCAUCUUCCACUACCACUACCAAGGCUACCACCACUACUAAGGCUACCACUACUACUACUACAACUACUACUACCAGCGCAGCUACUACUACUGCUGGAACUUGCGGUUGCAGUAGCGGUCUAUCAUGCUGCGGUUCUCAAUGCUACAACCCCAGCCAGUACGUAUGCUACGGUACCAACUUGUGUCCCUCCGGAUACCAAAUCUGCGGUAAGUCAUAG